CAUUCUAAGAAGUUACAUGGAUGCAGAGCUGGAGAAGCUGGGUGGCGUGGAGGAAAAGAAAUUCCCUAUGUUAAUAAAACGCGAUUCCCUCGAGAAGGAGAAGGACCACAUCGAAGGUUUUAAGCCUGAGGUUGCUUGGGUCACAAGAGCUGGUGAACAUGAUCUUCCAACACCGUACGCUCUACGUCCAACUAGCGAGACCAUCAUCUACCCUUACUUCAAAAACAGGAUUAGGACACACCGUGAUCUCCCCAUGAAGGUUAACCAGUGGGUUAACGUUGUUAGAUGGGAGGUUAGCGACCCUAUCCCACUGAUCAGAGGUCGUGAGUUCGAUUGGCAGGAAGGACACAGUGCCUUCGCCACCAAGGAAGAGGCUGAUGAAGAGGUGCUUGAAGUUUUGAACAUCUACUCUCGUGUCUAUGAAGAUCUUCUUGCGGUUCCUGUGAUAAAAGGUCGAAAGAGCGACAAGGAGAAGUUUGCUGGUGCGGAUUACACCACAAGCGUCUAGGCUUUUAUACCAACUACUGGUCGUGGUGUACAAGCUGCGACCUCACAUUGUUUAGGACAGAACUUUGCGAAGAUGUUUGAAAUCGCCUUUGAAGAUAAGGAAGUAAAAGGAGACAAGAAAGGCAAAAUAAUAAAGCCAAUGGUGUGGCAGAACUCGCACUACAAGAAAACACGCCGAAUUCCGUCGGAGGUUCUGACGGACAUCAUUGUCGUCGGACGUUUGUGACGGAUUACCGACCAAUUUCCGACGAAACAUGGGUCGUCGGAAUUUUCCGACGACUUUUCGACGACAUUCCGAUAAAAAAUGUAACCGUUGUAGUCGUCGGAAAUUCGUCGGAAUAUACCGACGAACUUCCUACGACAUUCCGAUUAACAGUACAGUCGUCGGUAUUCCGUCGGAAUUUUCCGACGAAUUUCCGAUGAACCAUGUGACCGUUGCCGACAAAUAUAAAUGACCAUUGUAUAGC